AUGAGCGACGCAGCGACGGUAACGGGUCAGCGUGCAGACGGAGAAACCCGGCAGUCGAAUCCGGAUGACGCGUGGCAAAAGCUCAUUCGCCAGCUGGAGGACUGUUUCGCGGAUGAGAAAGCCCCCUGGAUCGUCCCUCUGCGGCCGCACUUCACAGCUGCUGCUCGCCGGGGGGACCCCUUCCUCUCCCUCCCUGCUGCCGUCCUUCCAGCCUUCGCCAAGAAGGUCACUGCUGCAUGUGCAUCCAUCGACCCUGCAUGUGACAGCAACCCGGCAGCGGCUGUAGCACUCGUGCUGGCAGCAGUUACCCAAUCACAGACACUGGAGCUCGCUGCUGCUGCUGCAACUGCUGCAACACCUUUAUCAGCUGCUGCUACAACUGCUGCAACACCUUUAUCAGCUGCUGCUACAGCCUUAUCUUCACAGGGGCAUGGGAGUGGGGUGGGAGAAACGAGGGGGCUGGGAGAAGCGUGUGAGGGAGAGUCACGCGAGGGAUUCCCUUGGUCGGGUUUUUGGGUGAGGCGGCGGGAGGCAGCUUCUGGGAAGGUUCUUCAGGAGCUGCUGGUAGCAAUGCCUGCUGUGAAGAAAGCCACAGACGGAGAGGGAGGGGGAGGGGGAGGGGGAGGGGGAGGGGGAGGGGGAGGGGGAGGGGGAGGGGGAGGGGUGGGAGCGAGGGAUGAAAGAAGUGUGGAUAAGAUAGGUGAAAACGGAAAGGAAGGCUUGGCUGAGGAUUCUGCAGGGAAGGAGGAGGUUAAAGAGGAGGCAGUGAAAGGGGCACCUCUGAAACGCAAGGAUGGGGAGGAGGGUCCUAAGACAGUAGGUGCUGCUGCAAUUGGAAUGGAAGGAGGAACGGGAGGGAAGGAAGAAGCAGAACGAGUAGGGACGAAGAAACAUGAGGAGGGUGGGGAAAGGCGUGUGUCCAUGGUGGUCAUUCCAUGCCCCUCAUCCCCGUUAUUGCAUGCAUGCCAGAAAAAACAAAACCACCAGCAGCACCAGCAUCUCCAACAGCAGCUGCAGCAGCAGCAAUGCAACCACGAGGUGCCACGGAUGGUGAAUGUGACUGUAAGGAGGGAUGAGUACAUUCUGGAUCGAAUAGCAGAGGUGCUUGUAACGAGCUGGUCCGGGGAUGAGAGCAGCAGUGGUAGGGUGGAGAAGGAUGGCAGCAACGGUGGUAGUCGCAGAGAGGGCGAGCGGAGGGAGACGAGCAGGGAUAAGAGACAGGUGGUUGCUGGUGCAGAUGCCGGAUCACUUGUCAUCUCCAAGCUACUGCACAAGCAUCAUCCCCACAUGCGUCUUUUCUCCUUCCUCCCAGCCUCCCUCUCGCUCCCUCACAACAUCUUGCCGCCACCAACACAACAAUUUGAAUCAGCAGCCCCAGGAGAAGACGCAGCAAAAGAAAAUUCAGCAAGAGAAGCUUCAGCACGAGCACCAAAUGCUACUAGCACGGCACCCUGCCAGCUGGCAUUGAACAGCACGGCGAGCUGGCUGGCGGGGUGUGAGGUGCGGGGACCUGCGGUGGUGGCGGUGGUGGAGGCAUCGUGGAGCGACAACCGGAGAGGGGAGAUGGAGGAGGAGGGAGUGGUGGCAUGGGACGUGUACAGUUCAGACGCCCUGGCCCAUCUCUUGCUCAUACUCACUGUCUAUCUGUGCUCGUUCCACCUCUCCUCACCACUCUCCAUCCCUCUACACCCCUCCCCACCUCCCGCCACUCUCAAACCCCCUAUCCCCCCCUCUCAGGCGUCUGCUCGCCUGUCAUCCCAGGGGCAUGUAUCAGCUCAGCCCGGAAGUGCCCCUCCUUUGUCUCCUGUCCUCUCUGCCUCACUCUCUCACACACACACCGCCCAUGUGCCUCUCUUCCUUUUAACACCCCCCCUCUCCUUCCCCUCCAGGCGCCUGCUCGCCCGGCAACCCAGGGGCAUGUAUCAGCUCAGCCUAGAAGCCCCUGUCCUCGCCUCCUUACCUCUCUCCUUCUCCUCCACGCCCCUCUGGCGCGGCAAACACCCCAAGCCUAUGCUUCUGGAGCUCUGCACCAUGCAGCGCGCCAUUGACCCCUCGCCCAUGUGCAUGGGCAUGUGCGGCUUCAAGACUGAGCAUCAGCAGCAGCAGGAGCAGGAGCAGCAGCAAGGGAAGGAUGGGCGGCAGGAUCAGGAGCAGAAGGAUGAGGACCGGGAGAAGGCACAGGAGGAGCAGGAGGGGCAACGUGGGCAGUGCUGCUGCGAGCACAAGUCCAUGCAGCUGGCAGUUGGAGACCCUGUGUUUGAGUUCCCAUCCCCUUCAGGCUCCCUCAUACCCACAACCACAGCCACAACCACAGGCACAGGCAUAGGCACAGGCCAAGGCUCUGGUGGUGCGAGUGGUGGCACCAGCAGCAGCAAUACCACUAAUGGCAACGGCACAGCUGUCAACAGUGGUGGGUUCAAAUGCCGGGUGACCAUCAACAGAGGCCCUUCCUCUCCUCCCUUGGUUGCUCUCUCCCCCCGCCGCUAUGCUGCACGCAUGGAUGCAGUGCAUGCUGCGUGCUUAGAGGCCUUGAGGGCGAUUCAGAAGGAGUAUGCGGAAGUGUGGGGGAGAGUGGUUGAUCCCUGGGGGGCAUGGGGGGGAGAGGGGCAAAGGGAGGAAGGAGAGGAAGGGGAGGACGGGGAACGAAUGGAGAUUUGUACAGGAGACGGAAAUGGGGGGUAUGGAGAGGAGAGGGAGGAGAAGGAAAGGGAGGAGGAGAAGAGGGAAGAGGAGGAGGAUGGGGAUGGCAGAAUGGCAAGGAAGCGUUUGAAGGAGGUUGAAGAUUCCUCCCCAACACGAGCACCCACCAGUGCAGUGCCAAUGCUAGGCAGUACUGAUGCCGUGGCAGCGCUAGGGUCUUCUCCACGCCCAUCUCCCUCUUCCUCCUCCACACCUGCUGCCUUGGGCUGCCUCGUAUCCAUCUCCUAUAGGGUAUCUCUGCAACAGGGCGCAAAAUUGCCUCACGGUUGCUCAGAAGAAGUCUGCUCGGAGGGCAAGGAGGAGGUGUGCUUGGAGAGCAAGGAGUGCUUCGAGUUUGAGUUUGGGCGGGGCUGUGUGGACGAGCGGAUCGAGGCUGUGAUUGGCCGCUUGCUGCCAGGUCAGACUGCUGACAUCAGAGUUCCGAUCCGCGGGCAUCUGCCGCCCUUCCCGGCUCUGGAGGCGAUUCAGCCUGCGACAGAGUUCACAGCCCUCCACUGUCGAGUCACGCUGCUCUCAGUGGCGGCAGCGGAGGAGGAGGAUCGAAUCGAUGCAGCCAUCUUCUCCCCCUCCCUCUCCAAGCAACGCCUUGCCUUUGCCGCUGCACUCAUCUCAAAGCACUCGCCGGCUUUCCUCCUGGACGUUGGGUGCGGGUCUGCCUCUCUCUUCGACUACUUGCUGUCUGCUUCAGCCGCAGCAAGCAAGGGCAGUGGCAAGGCCGGUAGUGCUGGCUGUGACAAUGGCAGUGGAAGCAGUGCUGAGCGAUUUUGUUUACCGGCGAGCAUGGUGGGGUUUGACAUCAGUCAGAAGGAGCUGGAGCGGGCUGGUCGGAGCCUAACUCGCACCAUAACAAGCCUGCAAGCAGCCUCACAGCCGGCAGCAGACGCAGCCACUGCAGCAACACAGGUUGAGCCGGCACCUGAAACAACCUGCACCGUUGCAGCACGAGCAGCUUCAGCACGGUUGGCGCUCUAUGCCGGUUCCCUUGCUGACGUGGACGAUCGCAUGAAGGACGCUGACGUGGCAACUUGCUUGGAGGUGGUGGAGCAUUUAGACGAGGAGCCACUGGCAGCCUUUGGGGCCGUGGUGCUGGGGGCACUCAGACCCCGCGUUCUGCUUGUCUCCACUCCCAACAUCGAGUACAAUCCUGCCAUUCGUGCUGCCACCGCUGCUGCUGCUGCUGAUGCGACCGCUGCUGUUGCUGAUGCUCCUGCGGCUGUUGCUGGUGCUUCUGCUGGUGUUGCUGCUGUAGCUGAUGCUCCUCAGGAUCCUCCACUGCAGCAGCCACAAGAAGCAGCAGGGCAGGCAGGAGGAGGGAAGAAGAGGCGGAAAAAGAAGAAGGGACAGCAGGCAGGCCAGCAGGCGGAUCAGACAGGACAGCAGGCAGGUCAGACAGGACAGCAGCCUCAGGAGCAGCAGCAGCAGGAGUUGCGAAAUUCUGAUCACCGUUUUGAGUGGACCAGGGAGGAGUUUGAAUCCUGGGCGAAUGCUCUGGCCCAGGAGUAUGGUUACCAUGUUACAUUCGGUGGAGUGGGCGUGCUGCCAGAAGCAGAGCACCUGGGAUUCGCCACACAAACAGCUGUAUUUGAGAGAGCUACAUGUGAGAUGAAGGAUUUAGCCUCGGCUCGUCAAUUUGACCCGCACUCUCCGCUUGAUCAGACCGCGUAUCGUGAUCUUGACCAGAAGAAACGCGGCUCGCCGUUACGAAGCCGCGCGGAUAAGCGACGGUUUGGCGUAACAGCAAAAGCAGCAGCAGCCAUGGAUGGAACGCCAGGUUCAGCAGUCGCUGCAGGUGCUGUAACGGGAACUGCAGCUCCCUUGGCGAAACUAUCCCGCCGGAUCGUGAAUACCGACGAACCCGUUAUUGUUCAGAUGCGUGAUCUCAUGACGCUCAACCCUGACGUCAUGUCGCUGGGCCAGGGCGUGGUGUACUGGUUACCGCCCGAUGCAGUCCUGGCAGCAGCGCAGGCAGCGGUGCAUGACCCAGUGAGCAGCGGGUACGGAGUGGACGAUGGCACCAAGGAGCUCCGGGCAGCGCUGGUAGAGAAAGUCAAGACGGAGAAUGGACUUAUGGACUCGUCCAUCAUGGUUACUGCUGGGGCCAACCAGGCGUUUGUGAACGUGGUGCUGACGCUCUGUGACCCGGAUGACGCUGUGGUGCUCUUCAAGCCCUUCUACUUUAACCACCAGAUGGCGUUUCAGAUGACCGGUGUGACUGACAUUGUGUAUGGGCCCUGUGACUCUGACACCCUGCAUCCCAGCGCUGAUUGGCUAGAGGAGGCGCUUUCAGGGAAGGAGGGCAGGAAGGUUCCCAAGGUGGUGGUGAUAACCAAUCCCAACAACCCCACUGGGACCUAUGUUCCCGAGGACUUACUGCGGAGAAUCUCCGCUAUAUGUGAGAAGGCUGGCUCCUGGCUGGUGCUUGACAACACCUACGAGUACUUUAUGUACGGUGGUAACCGCCAUGUGUGCCUGGAGGCCCCUCACGUGCUCAACAUCUUCUCCUUCUCCAAGGCCUAUGGCAUGAUGGGGUGGCGUGUUGGCUAUAUCGCGUACCCCAACUCCUCCCCUAGGCUUGGCCCGUCUCUCAUUAAAGCCCAGGACACCAUCCCCAUUUGCGCCAAUCUCAUUGGCCAGCAAGCAGCCCUCGCCGCCCUCCAAUCCCCUUCCGCCGGGAAACCCUUCGUCGACCGCCUUAUCCAGACCCUAUCCCCGAACCUGGAGCAGGCUCGGGACGCCCUAGCCAUGCUCACAGGUCCGGGGGUUGGAGGGCGGGUGUGGGGCGGGGAGGGGGCGAUUUACCUUUGGGCGAAGCUUCCGGAAGGAUGUGAAGAUGAUGGGGCUGUGGUGAGGUGGUUGGUGAGUGAACAUGGUGUGGUGGUUAUUCCGGGGAGUGCGAGCGGUGCACCCGGGCAUAUUAGGGUGUCUUUUGCAAACUUACCCGCGGAAAAGUACAAGGUUGCUGCAGGGAGGUUGAAGAAGGGGCUUCAAGAGCUGGUUAAGGGGAUGAGGUUUCCUCUAAGUCAGUAA